UGUUUAACUGCACUCAGGUUCAAAUGUGGGACUUUUAAUUGUUUUAGGACCAUUCCAUGUAUCCCGUAUUGUAGUAAACAGUCUGUAAAAACGUGUUUGUAGAUACUCUUACCAUUUUGUGAACCAUGUUAGAAAUAACUGCAGUAACACGAAAAUGUACCAGUACAAAUUCCAACAAUGUGUUUUUUCAGGAAAAGAACUUUUAUUUUCACCUUCUUCACCCCUCCACAUAACAUGUCUCCUUCUCUCUCCCCCCUUAGGAGUCCUGCACCUCCUGGAACACGAUGAGGAGUACGUCUUCACGCUGCCCUGUGCCUACGCUCGCUCCAUCCUCACUGUGCCCUGGGUGGAGCUGGGAGGAAAAGUCUCCAUCAGCUGUAUUAAGAGUGGAUACUCAGCCUCCGUCACUUUCCACACCAAGCCAUUCUAUGGAGGGAAAGUCCACAGAGUCACGGCCGAGGUCAAACACAACCUGACCAACACACUGGUGUGUAAAGCACAGGGUGAGUGGAACGGAACUCUGGAGUUCACCUACAGCAGUGGAGAGACCAAAGUCAUGGACACCAACAAACUUCCUGUCACCAAGAAGAAGCUGAGGGCAGUGGAGAACCAGAGCAGGACAGAGUCCAGAUACCUGUGGCAGCACGUGACCAAGUCUCUGAAGGAGGGGAACAUGGAGGAGGCCACGGAGCACAAACACAGACUGGAGGAGAGACAGAGGGGGGAGGAGAAGAAGAGAACAGCUGACAACAAACCCUGGACUCCAAAGUACUUCACUAAAGAGGGAGAAGGUUGGAUCUACAAUAACCCACUGUGGAAGUCCACCUGACCACACAGUCAACUCUGAACCUUCAACAACCAACACCUGUCUCUCUACACAGACAGAUGUCAGGAGGUUGAGUGGAGGAGACUGCGUCCUCCACAGAACCUUCAGUGGGAGGAAGGUGCCAAAAGAUCACCACAGCUAGGACCAACAGGAGGCUCCACUGAGCUCCUGGGACUGAAGAACAUUUUUAAUAAAAUCUUUAUAGUAUAAAUAUUCUGAGUAGAGUAUUUCUAUUUUUCACUUUGCCAAGGCCUUUUUUGCACAUGCACACUUUUGGAGUUUGAUGCCGUCGUGUUGAUGGACACGGUUUCUAAGGGUGUGUUCAUAACAGGGAGGGGAGGUUAAAGGGAGCGCUGUAGCACUUACUCCUUGGCCCAGUUUGGAUCUAGAUUUAGACCAAGAACUGUUUUCUGAUCCACCUUGAUGUGAACCAGGUUCAAAAUCAGUCACUGGUUGAGAGACAAAAAUAUCUGCCAUAGAAAUAGGGGAUUGUGGGUAACGUCAAUGUCUGAUGUUUGACCAUCCCACUAUAACCAGGGAUGGACAGACUGACCCACAUCCUAGACAGGACAUUACUUUUUGUUGUGAACACACCCUUAAACAUUGUCCACCUUUGGUUCCAACCCCCUGGUUUGUCAAUCAGCAUAAGUUCAAAUUGAUUUCUGGGAACUGAACCCAUAUUUAGUAGCUGUACGUUUCUAAUGUGAAGCACUUUUAGCCUAGAAAUAAAUGAGCAGUUUUUAUAUCUGGCUUUGACCAAUCAGGGUUGUGUCUAAGAGCUUUAUAUAAAGAAAUAAAACGUGUCAUUAGCUGUUAGAAUGUGUCACUACACAGUGAGCCAAUAAACAGUAAAAGAUCUGAUUGUUUUGUCCACAAUAUGAAUGAGUUUGUGGACACGUUUGUAACAACACGCCACAUUGUCAUCUUACUGUUUUAUUUUACUACCUCUCUCAUUGAGACCAUUCCAAACAAAACCACUGCUUUGUUUGUGGUCGAUGGUUUCUAGGUGUUUUCUAAUUACCCCCCGCCCACACACACACACGUCCUCUCUAAGAGCAGACGUCCUCUCAGUGGCACUGGAGUAAUUAGCUGCCAACUGUACGACCAGAAAUACUUCUCCUUAGGAUGUCUAAACUCAUGACUAUAAAUAGAGGGUGUGUGUUGUUGAAAGGUCAACUCUGUGUGAGGACCAGGGGGGAUUAUCUACCACAAAAAUAAUUGUUGGAAGAGGAGGUUGGAAAGACGGCAGCAAUCAAGUGUUAGGGUUGAAUAUUUGACUGAUUGGUCAAAUUGGAUGUCAAUCUACCUUCAGUCCCAGUCACCUUGACUGUGGAGCCUCACAGUCUCUACAUACAGAAACAUAUUCUGCAAAAAACCACAAGUAAAACUCAAAAUCCCUCAAGACUUCUUCAGGGAUCUUGAGUCCACCAGGUGGUCUUACCUUCACUUCUGUUCCCUUAAGGAGUCCUCUUUCCUGGGACCGCCUGCUGUGUUGAUGUUCAUUGGCUGCUGACCACGUUCACCUCAGAUCCACCUGGACAGAUGUUAGAAUGAAAGAGGAAAUCAAUGAACUGUGAAAAAAAACUUCAACCGCAUCAAAAAUGAAGACAAACACAAGCUAAUUAGGAAACUUCAGAUGAAUUUGGAAAAGAGACCAGACGACACAUGAUGUUUCUGGACUCCUCCUCCACCAAUCAGACCUACACUCAUACCAGCUCACACAGUAGUUCUCUAUUAUAUUACUACCUUCAAGUGGCGUCAUUUUCUGAGCGACACAUCCAAUUAUCUGCUCUGCAGUGUCUCCAGCAUUGCACCCCCCAUCCCCUCAUCACAUCAGUAUAUAGUUCCACUCUGAUCAUUACUUCAACAAUAUGCCUUUCUUUUUUUUUUUAAUGUGUUGUUAUAGUUGUACUUUUUGGACCAGGAUUAAAUUACCAGAUGCCUGUUUGUAGCCUAAGCCAUUGGAACCAUGUGUCAUAUGAUAUAAUGUAAUGUUGAAGAGACUAAAACCACUGAGCAAAUCUGUCACCUGGUGUCACUGUUAACACUGUUCUUUCUGUUUAGGACACAGGCCUUACACGUAUUGAACCACGGUAACACGUUUUCUAUAUUCACAAGGAUCCAGACUCAGCAGAGUAGAUGUUGUUGAAGGGUUGAUGUUAAUAAAGACCUUGUAUCUUUUUAAAA